CAGAAGACGGGUCAUUCGUUACACCUGUGGUGAAUGAUUUGAAUGACAUGUUUUAUGAAGGAAAAGUAAUGUAUGAUGCAGCUUACAAUAAAAAUGUUAUUGUAACAUCCCAAAUAGCAGUUGGGUUAAUGGACAACAGUAUGGCCUCAGAAUUUUGUCACCACAUGGGUGCUGCAGCUAAAGAAAACUGUAGAUUUUGCAGGUAUCGAAAUAACCACUUACUUAUUGGAGAAUUAAGAACAAAAAAUAAAACUGAGGAAAUUCUAAAAGAGAUUGAAAAUAGUACAGAAACAUCAACAAUGACUGGGAUAAAAAAGAAAAUAUUGGCUGAAGAAAUGAACAAAGCUGCUCAUUGGGAUCCACACAGGGACAUUCCUCCAGAUAUGCUUCAUUGCAUAUACUUAGGAGAAGUUGCAAUCCUAUUAAAAUGUAUGCUAGGCAACUGUACUGACCAGCAGAAGGAAAAUUUACAGCUAACGUUAAAUGCAGCUGACUGGAAGGGCUUUCAUCACAAAUGUGGAGAAAACUUUGUGAAAUAUCACAAAUCAAGCCAAGGGAAAGACUUCAGGUCAUUUGUACAACUUGCACCCUUUACAGUUCAUCACGCAGGAUUUAGUAAAGAAAUAGUAAAACUUUGGUGUCUAUUGUCUGAGAUUGUUCAGUUGAGUAACAAAAUGAAAUUGCUGGAAUCGGAACUCACUAGGCUGGGUGAUCUGCAGUACCAAUUUAAUGAAAACAUUUACAAGCAGUUUCCAGAAACAUUGAAAAAACAGAAAAUACACCAUAAUCUCCAUACUGAGCAACAAAUCAGACUUCAUGGGGUCCCUAUAGGUUAUACUGCUGGUAAAAGUUAA